GACGCUAACGGGAGGUGCAUCGUUGUCGUAUUUUUAAACAGAUACGAGUUUAUGUUUCGUGUAUGUGCAGACCAAAAACCCUUCGUGUAGUUUAUAGAGACAGAUUAAUAACAAGGCGAGGUGGUAGUUAUCGUGUUUAUCGUGUGUUUUGAGGAAACUGCUCACUCGAGGUAUCGGCCGCUGCUGGAUAUGGACUCUGCUGCAAGAACCAAAGCAAGCAAAGAUUUGAAGAUUCCGCGAGCUGAAAAUGAAAAGGUUUGUGUCGGUGGAGCUCAAAGAGUUCCCGUGACUCAGCGCAACCAGAAGCUCGUGUCCGCUCCUCACGCGCGUGCUCUGGGUGCAACAUGGGGCCCUCAGCGGGUUCAGCGGCCCGGCAGUCAACAGAAACCUGCUGCUGGACCCUCGGUUCCUGUGAAAACUCAAUGCCCUGGAAAUCAAAAUGUUAACCCUGAACAGAUGAGAACACCGACACAACACAAACCUGUACAGAACCCAAACAACCAUAGCGGUGUUCCAGUGACUGAUGCCAGCGAACCACAGCAAACCCCUGCCAGUGGAUCAUCAAGUAGUGCAAAGAAAGCCUGGACUUUAGAGAACUUUGACAUUGGACGAGCUCUUGGGAAAGGUAAAUUUGGGAGCGUGUAUCUGGCCAGAGAACGUCAGACCAAGUUUAUUCUGGCCCUGAAGGUUUUAUUUAAGAAGCAGCUGGAGAAAGCCGGUGUUGAACAUCAGCUGAGGAGAGAAGUGGAGAUUCAGUCUCAUCUCCGACAUCCCAACAUCCUCCGUCUCUAUGGUUACUUUCACGACACUGCUCGUGUCUAUCUCAUCCUGGAGUUUGCUCCUAAAGGAGAGUUAUACGGUGAGCUCCAGCGCUGCGGGACCUUUGAUGACCAGCGCAGUGCCACGUAUAUAAUGGAGCUGGCCGACGCGCUGAACUACUGUCAUUCAAAGAACGUCAUUCACCGAGAUAUUAAACCUGAAAACUUGCUGUUGGGAUCCAAUGGAGAGCUGAAGAUUGCAGAUUUUGGUUGGUCUGUCCACACGCCCUCUUCAAGGAGAUCGACGCUCUGUGGGACGCUGGAUUAUCUUCCUCCAGAGAUGAUUGAAGGUAAAACUCACGAUGAGAAGGUCGAUCUGUGGAGUCUUGGGGUUCUUUGCUAUGAAUUUCUGGUUGGUCGUCCACCUUUUGAAACUAAGAGUCAUGAAGAGACGUACCGCAAGAUAUCCAGGGUUGAAUUCUCCUAUCCAGCUCAUGUCAGCGAGGGCAGCAGAGAUCUGAUCAACAGCUUACUAAAACACAACCCAAUGCACAGACUUCCCAUUCAAGAGGUUCUGAUUCAUCCAUGGGUUGUGGAGAACUCGGUCAAAAAACCAACGACCCGCUCGACAAACAAAUGAGUGGAAAAACACUGCGGUUUAACUCCUCCAUCAUGAGAAACUAUUUGAACAAAAAGGACUGAUGGCAACAUUUCUCUUUCUCUCUCUCCUGUUCUCCUCUUUGUGUUUGUGUUCAUGUGCUGCAAUUUCCGUGUCAUUUCUAAAUAUUUAAUUGUUUAAGACACUCAGUGUAAAGUUUUAAAAAUUACUUGAAACAAUAAAUUUUAUUUUCUCUUUGAAGUCUUUUAGUGUAUUUUGUGAACUUUUACUGUGUUGCUGUGAAAUUUAAAUUACUUUAGAUAAUACUUAAAUUAUUCUUUGCUAGUUUCUCAAAGUAUUUCAUGUUUAGUAGUUUGUUGAAUGUUUUUCAAGGUCUUUUGUUUAUUACUGUUUGUUGUCUCCUGUCCUUCUGCUUCAAUGUAAUAAUUUAAACUAUCAUAAACAAACCUCCAUCAAAACAAAUUGUACAUUAAGAUCACUGUGACUUUCACUUUGUGUUGAUCAUUGUCUGAUCUCAACACAAGGUGGCGCAGUUGUCUGUCACGUGUGAUUUUAAGAUUGAGAAAAUGGCUUCUCCUUUGAACUCAAACUCCCAGAAUUCAGCACAGUGAUGUUCUCGAGUCUCCUGUGGAUUUAAUAUGGAAAUCUUAGUCGAUGAAUGUUUUGACUUAUUCCCUGGUGAAAUUUAGUUCAUACACUCUUAAAGCUUUUGUUAAAACACAUUUUGUGUGGAGUUAAGGAAAAUGCAUUGAAUGUGUUGUCUCUAACUAGACACAUCGGUGUUAUUGGAACAACACAUCUUGUGUUGCCUUUUAUUUGAACACAAAAUAUCGCUGCGUUAAAUAGGAAAACAAUGCGUAAAAAAUGAAUACAUCCUUCAAAUAUAAAUUAUUACUUUCUGUUAAAAAGCAUUUCUGUUCAUGUUAAAUGUUCAACUAUUUUUUUUUUAAAAUAUUUCUCAUUAAUUUAUUCGUAUAUGCACACUAUAAUAUUUUUUCAUUUUAAAUGCAGAUGUUAGUUCACAGGUUUAACCUGCGGGAGACAAACAUCUGGCCACGCGCUGUUGCGCCAUCUGACAUUAAAAUCAUCUGUAGCAUACAUCGUGUCCUUUAGUUACUUAAAAUAAUAUUAAUGGUCAGGACUGAGAUGUAAUUCGUUAGUCAGUGAUUAAUGUCUAUUUUUUAUUAUGUUUAACAUUGAAGCAGUUGAACUUUACCUUUUGUUCCAACUACAAAUUUGCGCAAUAUUUGCAUUUAUAUAAGUUAAAAUGAUCCCUUUUAUUUGCAGCUUGACAAAUACAAUAAUUCAGAUAAUUGAAUGACACAUACUCUGGGUAUUUGAAAAUAUACAAAAUGAAACCCAGAAAACACAAACCCAUGUGGCCUGUAAUUGAAAUGUUUUAUGUGGUGUUUGAAUGAAAUGUGAUGACUUUACAAUGAAUGCGAGAGCUCCACGGUUUUGCAGAUUUAUUGUGUUUUAGAGAGGAAAACGCACGUGUUCAGUGGAUUUGUAUAUCGCAUAAAACCAAAACACAAUUGUACAAUAUAAUUUCACGCGUUUCUUUAUUCUUCAAUAUAUUCAUUUUCACGAUAUAUGAUAACGAUUUUGUGAUAUACAUUCCAUCUUUUAAACCACAAUAACACAACACACACGUUUUAUAACAUUUCCACAGCACCCAUUGGAUUGCACAAAAUGAAAAAUGUCUUAUGCAAGUCCCUCGAUUUGAAAUAAUGAAUCAGAUUUCCAUCAAAAGACUCGCACUGUAAAUAAAUCUCACGCAGGUACAUGAAGCCGGGUUUUCUUUAAAAAAAAAAAGUAAAAAAAAAAAAAAUGACGAUAAUAACGAAAUGGUCACAGUUUUAAUUUAGUGAAUUGAUUUUAAAGUGGUUCAUUAUCAGAAACAAUUUCUUUUUGAUGACAGAGACGACUCGUCCUUUUUCUUUGUCUCUUAUUUUCGUUUAUUUUAAAAUCUGAUUUUCUUUGUGUGUUAAAUUCGCAGAGAUUAACGGGAAUGCAGCAGAUCAUAUAUUUAUAUUUAUUUAUUGUGUGUGUGUGUGAAUCUGUUUAGUGCUGCAUGGACAUCAUACGAUCAGAAUGCAUAGUUUAAUAUCUGCUCACCGACUGCCUUUAAAAUCUACG